AUGGAAUAUGGUGGUGGGAUAGUGGACGACGGUGGUGUAUUUGCAACGAUGGUUGGAGGAGAUCAAGGAGAUAUAAUUGAGGAGCUUUUAGGAGAAGGUUGCUGGAUUGAGGCUAGUGAGAAUAAUAUGAUGGCGAUGCAGCAAACUGCAUCGCCACCGCAACAGCACUACAUGGCCAAUAAUAUUCCCAUUGGAAUGGGAGAAGGAGAUCAUUUCAAUCAUCAUCAAGUUGAUCAAGAAAGUGGUUUUGUUGUUGGGAAGAGAUGGUGGAUCGGGCCGAGGGGGAGUCAAGGUCCAUCGACAUCGGUGAAAGAGAGAUUAGUAGUCGCUGUUGGUUACUUAAAAGAGUACACAAAGAACUCUUCCAACAACGUUCUUAUUCAGAUAUGGGUGCCAGCUCUAAGGAGGAGAUCAGCAAUUCAUUAUCUUCAGCAGGAUUCGAGUUCGUCUGCUCCGGUUUCUGUGAAUCCCAACAUGAAUGUUCAUGUUCGUUUCUUUAGAAGCCACGAGUAUCCGCGGCAUCAGCAACAGCAGCAGCAGUAUGGAUCUCUUCUAGCACUUCCUGUGUUCGAAAGAGGAAGCGGAACUUGUCUAGGUGUCAUUGAGUUUGUUAUCGCCAAUCAAAAUCUCAUCAAUUAUCGUCCACAGCUUGAUCAUCUCUCCAAUGCUCUCGAGGCGGUUGAUUUUAGAAGUAGCCACAACAUGAAUAUUCCACCAGCAGUAAAGGUAUUCGAAGAGUUAUACGAAGCAGCGGUGAACGAGAUCGUAGAGGUGUUGGCGUCUGUUUGCAAGACUCACAAUUUGCCAUUAGCCCUAACAUGGGCUCCUUGUAUACAGCAACAAGGAGGAGGAAAAGGUACUGCUGGUGGUGGUGGAUGCAGUGUUUCAGUUACAGUUCCAACGGAUCAGAUGAACAAUAAUAAUCAUAUGAUGAUGAGUUGCAUUUCGACGGUUGAUUCAGCUUGUUAUGUUGGUGACAUGGAGGUGUUAGGAUUCCAAGAAGCUUGCAGCGAGUAUCAUCUUUUCAAUGGACAAGGAAUAGUAGGAACAGCAUUCACAACAACCAAGCCUUGUUUCGCGAUCGACAUUACAGCAUUCAGCAAAGCCGAAUACCCGCUCGCUCACCAUGCGAACAUGUUUGGAUUACACGCCGCGGUCGCGAUUCCAUUGAGAAGUGUCUACACUGGCUCUGCAGCCGAUUUUGUUUUGGAGUUUUUUCUACCUAAAGAUUGCCGCGACACGGAACAACAGAAACAAAUGCUGAAUUCAUUGUCUCUUGUUGUUCAGCAAGCUUGCAGAAGCUUGCAUUUGCAUGUUGUUAUGGAGGAUGACAAUGGUAAUCAUCAUGAAGAUCAAGAUCAGUUCACUUUUCCAACAACAACAACAAAUAACUACAUGCCUUCUUCUGCUUCUGAUGCUGCUACUACUGCAUCACUGUCACAAGUUGAUGCAGCUUCAGGCUGUUCAACUAAAGACACAAACUCAUCCUCUUGUUCUUGGAUUGCACAUAUGAUGGAAGCACAAAACAAAGGGAAAGGCGUGUCUGUGUCGUUGGAGUAUCUUCAAGAGCCUAAAGAGGAAUUCAAAGUCACAACCUGUAACUGGGAGAGAGAGGGAAAUUCAGUCUUUUCAGAAUUUGGCCAAGUAAUGCAACAUGAUCAAAGCAGUAAUUCAAGAGCAAGUGUAGAGGCUGGUGAAGAAUCCGGAGGCGGAGGAACCGGUGGUGGACGCAGGUCAUCAUCUUCUUCAAGCGGACGAAAGUCAGGUGACAAGCGACGAACCAAGGCGGAGAAGACCAUCAGCUUGCCUGUUCUUAGACAAUACUUCGCCGGAAGCCUAAAGGACGCCGCAAAGAGCAUCGGUGUAUGCCCUACAACUCUGAAAAGGAUAUGCAGACAGCAUGGGAUAACAAGGUGGCCUUCAAGAAAAAUAAAGAAAGUGGGACAUUCUUUGAAGAAGCUUCAACUAGUGAUAGAUUCUGUUCAAGGUGCUGAGGGUGCUAUACAGAUUGGAUCUUUCUAUGCAAGCUUUCCAGAGUUGAGCACUGCAGCUGCUCAUGGAGGCGGCGGUGGCGGUGGAGAUCACAUCAACAACAACAGUUUCUAUAACAGCCAUGGAGAUUUAGUUACCAAUUUGAAAUCUCCACCUUCUGCAUGCAGUCAGACUCAUGCAGCAGGAAACAAAUCUAUCAUUAAUGGAGACCAUCAUCAUCAUCUUGUGAUGACAGAAAACCUUGCAGCUCCUUCAGCGGUUGAUGCAUUAAUGCAACAUGCAUCCACUAUCAAUAUCCAAGACUAUCAACAACUACAAGAGGAUCAUGAUACUAAACAGUUACUUCUACAUUUCAACAACAACAGCAAUAACCAAACCCUACCUCCAAGACCAACUGUAACCUGGAACAACAACAAUUCAUCAUCAUCAGGACUAUUAGAAAGAGGUGCUUUCAGAGUGAAGGCGACAUUCGAGGACGAAAAGAUUAGGUUUAGCUUGCAAGCUGUAUGGUGUUUUAGAGAUUUGCAGCUUGAGAUAGCAAGGCGUUUUAACCUAAAUGAUAUGAACAAUUUGGUUCUCAAGUAUUUGGAUGAUGAAGGAGAGUGGGUUGUGUUAGCAUGUGAUAGUGAUCUUGAAGAGUGUAAAGACUUGCAUACAUCAUCUCACACAAGAACCAUAAGACUCUCACUUUUUCAAGCUUCUCCUUUGAAUAAUCUUGCAAACAGCUUUCGCAACAACAGUAGCAGUCCAUCUUCCUAG